AUGCAGUCGGAAGACAAGUUCGAACAGCGUGAUAUUGGCCAAGCUCCAUGCACUUCCAGUCAGUUGGAUGGUCGUGUGCGUGAGGCUACAGUCCCAACAGACGCGAAUACCGGAUGUUUUUUCUCUUUGACAAAAGAGGCCCAUGUUCUCCCUCCUCUCCCGGGUCAGGUUGCAAGUGCUGACCAUGUCGACGAGACACCAGUUGACGGCUCUCGAGUAGCAUCACCUCAGCGCUGUCCAUCCUUCAAGUUGACAUUGGGACACGUUGGUGUUGGUGUUGGUGUUGGUGUAGCCCAACACAACAAUCGGGUGGGGCGUCUGGAAAAUGAGGGACAGACAACCCGCACUCAACACUCAACCAACCGUACCGCCAAAGGAAGCAGGGACGACGAAACUCCCCUCCCCCCCCUUGCGUGUACUAAGCUGGCCGGGCGUGGCUACUCUACCACACCCACACCACGUCGGAGCCGGAAGAGGGGGAUGGUGCGAGACGAUGGCUACUCGACUACAAGGUCGCGCCUUGGGACAGGGCAAUGGCUACGCAUUCAGCCAGAGACCAUUGGCCAGACAUCGAAGCGAGGCCCCAAGUUGAGAUCUGCGGGCUCCAUGCCCCAGUUUCUGCUACCGAUGAAGUGGCCAAACGUUCCUUGCUAG